AUCGGCAGCGACACCGAUAUCGGCAGCGGUAUCGGUAUUGGCAGCUUCAGGGUGGAGCGGUCGGUGGAGCUCGCCCGUUCCCGCCGGGCCCGCGCGGCGAUGUGAGCCCCGGUGCCGGCCAUGGCCGAGCCCGCUGGAGGGGACGGGCUGCAUCCGCCGCCCGCGGGGCGCAGGAGGUGACGGACUCCCCAUGACAGCCCCCACCAGGUGCUCGCGGGACGCCGGCGAUCACUGCGUGCUGAGGCCGGCACAGAGACAUGAGUGGCAGCACGAGCCAGCGCGCCGCCGCCCUAGGGGUCCUCUUUGCCCUGAUCAUGUUGCUGAUCAUCUACAGCUCUGGCAACGGGAGCGAGGUCUUCCCCUACAGCCGCCUGCGGGGCAGAGCCCGCCGGCCCCCCGACCUCAAGAAGUGGGGGGUGAAAAGCGGGUACCUGCCUGUCUGUGGGAACAAGACCCUGACUGCCCGCUGCCACCAAUGCGUCAUUGUCACCAGCUCCAGCCACCUCCUGGGCACCCACCUGGGCACGGUCAUCGACGGGGCUGAGUGCACCAUCCGCAUGAAUGAUGCUCCCACCACGGGCUACAGUGCUGAUGUGGGCAACAAGACCAGCUUCCGCGUGGUGGCCCACUCCAGCCUCUACCGUGUCCUCAAGCGGCCCCAGGAGUUUGUCAACAAGACCCCAGAGACAGUUUUCAUCUUCUGGGGGCCGCCCACCAAGAUGCAGAAGAGCCUCCUGAAGAUCAUCCAGCGCGUCUGUGCCUCGUUCCCCAACAUGACAGCCUACGUUGUCUCCCCCGGCCGCAUGAAGCAGUUUGAUGACCUGUUUCGGGGAGAGACAGGCAAGGACAGGGAGAAGUCUCGCUCGUGGCUCAGCACUGGCUGGUUCACCAUGGUGAUCGCGGUGGAGCUGUGCGACGCCAUCCAAGUCUAUGGCAUGGUGCCACCCAGCUACUGCGGCCGCCACCCCCCACCCCGCCGCCUGCCCUACCACUACUAUGAGCCCAAGGGCCCCGACGAGUGCACAACCUACAUCCACAACGAGCGGAGCCGCAGGGGCAACCACCACCGCUUCAUCACUGAGAAGAGGGUCUUUGCCAGCUGGGCCGGCCUCUACAACAUCACCUUCUCCCACCCCACCUGGACCUAGGGGCUGCCCCACACCUGCCGGGCACACCCCUGGUGCUGGCAUGGAUGGGGGUUCCCCUGCAUUUCCCUGGGAGUGGUGGGAGCCAGGCAUCAGGAUGCCACCACACAUCCUGCCUCCCCCAGGACCACUGCUGUUGUGCAUGGU